GUGGGCGCGCGCGCGCGCGCGCGCGUGAGACACGAACCGUGGGCGGCUCUUCACCGAGGCGUAGGGGCGCCAUGGCCGCGGACGAAGAUGAGGUGAAUCUUCUGGUUAUCGUAGUUGACACCAACCCGAUUUGGUGGGGCAAGCAAGCAUUAAAGGGAUCUCAGUUUACUUUAUCCAAGUGCAUGGAUGCCGUGAUGGUGCUGGCCAACUCCCACCUGUUCAUGAACCGCUCCAACCAGCUGGCUGUGAUAGCCAGUCACAUUCAGGAGAGUCGGUUCUUGUACCCGGGGAAGAACGGCAGACUUGGAGACUUCUUCGGGGACCCUGGCAACCCCAUUCCUGACUGUAAUCCCUCUGGGAGUAAAGAUGGGAAGUACGAGCUGCUGACAGCCGCAAACGAGGUGAUCGCCGAGGAGAUCAAAGACCUGAUGACCAAGGGUGACCUAAAGGGCCAGCACACGGAGACACUACUAGCGGGAUCCCUCGCCAAAGCCCUUUGCUACAUCCACAGAGUGAACAAGGCAGUUAAAGAUAAUCAGGAGAUGAAAUCAAGGAUAUUGGUAAUCAAGGCUGCAGAGGACAGCGCGCUGCAGUACAUGAACUUCAUGAACGUCAUCUUUGCUGCUCAGAAGCAGAAUAUUCUCAUUGAUGCCUGCGUCCUAGACUCGGAUUCAGGGCUUCUCCAGCAGGCUUGUGACAUCACAGGGGGAUUGUACCUGAAGGUGCCUCAGAUGCCUUCUCUCCUGCAGUACUUACUGUGGGUUUUUCUUCCGGAUCAAGAUCAGCGAUCUCAGCUAAUCCUCCCACCUCCAAUCCAUGUGGACUACAGGGCUGCCUGUUUCUGUCACCGAAGUCUCAUUGAGAUUGGCUAUGUCUGCUCCGUCUGUCUGUCCAUUUUCUGCAAUUUCAGCCCCAUCUGCACCACGUGCGAGACAGCCUUUAAGAUCUCCCUCCCUCCUGUACUGAAGGCCAAGAAAAAGAAACAGAAGGUGUCCCUGUGAUGAGCCCCACAAGCUUCCCCAUCUCUCGCCACAGGCUGAGUCUCCCAGGGGAACCCUGCUCUCGUCCCGUGCUUGUAGGGUGGAGCUGAAGUGCACCCCAGGCCUGUGACGUCAUCUGGAAAGGGGCCAGCACGGCCUUAGGACAUACUGUUUGUUGUUUUAAGGUAGCAGUUGUUUGGUGGAAGCUGGCUGAUGCUGCCUUGUUGUUUCUGUUCAUUGGGGAUGGCCUUGCAUGUCCUUGGCCGGCACCCCACCGCUGAGCUGCACCCCACCGCUGAACUGCAGCCCCUGGCACUUUGUUCUUAGAUGGUCCUCUGUCAAAGCUUAUCAUGGUGGAUACUGGGGCUUCUGUACCUCAAGAUGGCAGUGUGUGAAGUUGGAAGCCAUUCAGGACGGUGACCAGCAUUGGGUCCUUAUCAGUCAUGACAAAGCAUCUUAGUUGGACAGGUGGUAUGUGCCUGGAAACUUGGGAGACUGAGGCAGGAAGGCUUUGGGUUCAGAUCCUGCCUGGGAUAUACAUUUGAUCCUGUCUUUCAAGAAAAUGAACAUUUUAUAUCAAACAAAUUGUCUCUUUUAACUAUAUUCAAAUGUAAUCUGACCUAAAGGCACAAGCCUUCAGUCUGGGCACUCAGAGAGCAGAGUUUGAGGCCAGCCUGGUCUACAUAGUGGGUUCAAAGCAACCAGGGCUGCAACUGGCCACCUUGUUUACAAAAACCAACCAACCAAUGGUCUCAUGUAAACAAUUAACUUGAGGUUCACCUUUGGUGUUAACAGUUCUGUGUUCAUCUGAUACACCAGCAUAUUUGUACAAAGCGAACUAAAAUGAUUAGUAAUGGUUUUUCACCAAAAACGUAUAAAAUUGGAAUUUAAAUCUGCAAGGAGCUCAAGCCCCGGGGCUGUAGUAAAGUCUGUCAGAGACACAUGAGGAAGAGUUUCUUGGCUGGGGUCAGACAGCCCCUUACUGGGAAAAAGAGCUAUCUACAGGUAAGAUUCUGUCAUUAAAAAAAAAAAAACGAGUAACAUUAAUAGUGGAGAACUGUUGAAUACUAGAAAUGUAAAUUAGUUCAAUAGAAACAGUUGUAAUUGCAACAAUAAAAAUUCUAUUUUUAUAUUUACUAAU